AACCCGGCAAAGUUAAAGUACCAGUUGGUUGUUUUCAAAGCGAAAUUUUCGAAUCUUGCGGUUUUUUUUUGGAUUUUUUAAUAAUGUAUGCGCGACCUAAACCUGGCGAGACGGAGGAAGACCUGCUCCGCUUGCAGGAAGACUUCAACCGGGCGCAGUCCGAGAACAAGAUCAAGUUGGCUGCGACCGUUAUUAGCGAAAAGCGAGACCAAACGGCUGCGCCUGUCGCCACCGACAUCCAGGACCAGAUCGCCAACACGUUCGAGGCAAUUCCCGACGCGACAAAUGUGGGAAAAAUCGUGGAAAAACUGGCGGACAAGACAGCUUUGCCUCUGUUAAAUUUUAGCACAAAUGGGGGCUUCCCCAAGCCUAAGCGUCGCGACGCGAGUUGUGAGGCGUCGAGCGAUGGGGGUAGUAUUUUCGCGCGGCAGUUCAAACGCAUGAAAGGGGGCAAAGGCCCCCCUAAGCCAGUACCAGAAGUGGCGCUUCCGAGCCAAAGUUUUGUCUUGAGUGGCUCAGAAAAAGACUCCAUCCAUGCGGAGAAUGUCCAGAAGAUGAGGGGCAUGUCCGAGGAGGAGAUUUUGGAGGAGAGGGAGCGACUUAUGGCAACUAUGGACCCUGCGAUUAUUGCGUUUUUGAAGUCACGUCGACGGGAACAGGACGCGAGAAUGAAUCGAACGCCGACGAUUCAGGAACAGAACGAAGCGGCUGAAAAUAUGGACGUUGACGAGAUUGAAACUGCGAGCGAGAUUUUGAAGCAACCGCAAGCGGAAAAGUGGCUCAAUUUCAAGACGCUGGAGACGGGGAAAUUGGCGUGGAUGAAGGGUGUGGAAAUGCCGAAAAUAGACAAAAAUAAGAGCUUCGAAGCCAGGUUUGAUUUUGAAGGCUGGGUCCUGCCAUACACCGAAAAAGAAAUCAGCGAAAAAUCUAGGGUUUUGUACCACCAUGGCGAAGAGGCCGGCAGGCCUGGAUACACUUUACAGGAACUCUUUCAAUUAUCACGGUCGAACGUAAUCCAACAAAAAAUCAUCGCGCUGAACACCAUUGCCAACAUUCUGUCUUUACACUCAACAGGGGUGUACGACGACGUUAUCGACUUGCCCCUUGAGCAGAUUUUCUUCGUUUUGCGUUUCUGUCUGGACGACAACACGCCCGCGGUCCUAAACGCCGCAAUUAAAGCCAUGAGGAAUUUAUUUUACAGCAAAGUCGACGAGACUUGCUUGGACUGUCUCCUAGGUUUUGGGCUAAGUCAGGUGCAGCCUGUCUUGGCCGUAGACAACGAAGAGGACGACGACCGAGUCAACGACCAACAAUUGGCCGAAACUAACUUGGUCAAGUGUUUGGCGCGGACUGAAAUUUUGACGCGAAUUCGCUACAUUAUAAAUACAGUAAAACCGUCCGUUGAAACUAUAGUCUACUGUAUGGACAUCCUCACUCGACUAGUCCGCGAUUCGCAAUUAAUUUUAACAAAAGUGUACAAAUGCGAAAAUUUGGUGUCUAGUAUUAUUGAAAAUUUUCUUCCAAAUGCGAUACAACCUGAUCGCAACUCACCGUACGGUUUACCGUUGUUACAAGCGAUGAAGUUUUUGCGAAUUUUGGCAACACGUAGCCAAACAAUUGCCGCGGAUUUGGUGGGGAAGUACCGAGUUAUGGACGCCGUUUUGACCUACUUGUCGCACGAGAAUUACGCCAUGAACACCAACGGUUUAAAAUUGCAAACUGAAAGUUUGCACUUGUGGUCAGUUUUUGCCCAUUUUAACCUGACUUUGGAUUAUUUACGCGUUUUUCAACCAGUUUUGGUCGAAAUGUUGAAUUACCACUUAAAGAACACAGAUGUCAGCAUGAGUGUGACGUAUGUGAGACAGGGUCACGUGGCCGCAAUCGUGAGUUUGAUUGGUUCGUGUUGGAAGAAUGCGAGUUUGGUCACGCCCUUCCUUGGCACACUUGAGACUUGUGCAAGCAAGUGGUUUAGUCAAUUUAUGACUUUGACCGAAUUUGCGUGCGGUAAACUGCAAAUUGUGGCCUCAUUGUCACACUGUCUUGCGUCACUUGCCAAGUCGACGCAGCUUCCCGAAGUUUUUGAUAACUUAAUUUUGAGAUUAUUGGGGUCAGAUGGUUUCAAAGUGGUCACACAGACCGUCACCAACGCCUCAAUGUUGCUCAACAAUUACGAAACGCAUAAAACUAGCGCCAACUUUAAAAGUGUCGAAGCUGCGGCUUGGUAUACCUCUGAACACGUGGUGCCUUUACUACAAACAAACAGUCCGAUCCCGUUUCUGUCGUCUUUAUCGUUCUUUAUCGCGGCUUCAAGCAACUACAAGUUGAAAUUAGAUUUUUUGCGCCACGAAAACGUAGCAAACUAUCUGACUUCGUUACGAGCCUUGGAUAAGUACCAUUUGAGCGAUAACUGGUUUACGCGCAUUGAGAGCGAUUUAAUAAUGAACAUUUUGAAAAUAUCGCUUGUCGUGCGCGCCGAUUUGGACACCCGGCCCUUUUACGAAAUCGCAGUCAAGUGUUUGAGCAUUUUCACGAGCGAUCGCAAGCCCGACAUUGAGUUCAUUCUCGAGAAAAUCGUGUUUAGCGCAAGUUUUUACCCGAGCGAAGCUCUCAUGCGGAAUUUAAGCAUUGAGCAGCGACACGACUGUUUGGAAACGUCUCUGGAUAAUUUGCACGAGAUUUUGCAAGUUUACAUACAAGUUUUGGGCCUGAAAAUGGACGUGCCGACUUUUGCCACUAAUUUGUGCCUAGACCACGGCAAGGGCAGUGUGAUCCCGAUCGACUGGAUCUACACGCCCAUAAUCGUGUUAUACUCGAACCAGCAACAGAACAAGGCAAGACAGGCAGAAGCCGAGCAAGUGUUCGUCAUUCGGAAUUGUUUGAGAUGGGUUUUGAUCUACGAAACAUACUUUCCGGAGUUGGCAACUGGUGUGAACCCCACUGACCGUUUUUGCCGCAUAGCUUGUGUUUUUCUAGGGAGCGAUAAUUUGUUCCUAAUUGACGAGAUACAGAAUUUGUUGAAGUUGUGUCUCCGUAACCUCAUGAAGUGUGAAAAUGAGAUUAAUUUUGAUAGAGAAAUUCAGGGGCUUACGAGUUUUCAAGACUUUUACAUCCAGUUGUUGGAACAGUAUCAAGGUGUGAGCUAUGGGGACGUAUUAUUUGGUAACUUUAUUUUGGUGCCUUUGGCACAGAGACACUCGCUGAAGUGGCGCAAGACUCUGUGGUCCGAAUACAUGGGGGUUGUUGAGAUUUUUAACGUGACGGUGGAGCAAAGUGUGUGUCCUUUGGGCGCAUUUCUGAGCCCAGUUGAGGAGGACUUGUCGCUUUUAAAGUGCUAUAGAAGGGCGCUUGUGGGCGGCGCGGUCCGAAAACACUCGAUUUUGUACACGAUUGCCAAACAUCAUGUCGAACAAUACGUUUUAAAUAAAAGAAGCAAAGUUUAAA